AUGAGCUUCCUCUCCAACAGAAAGAGCUCGGCCACAAAGCUUCGAAUCACUAUCGAGAAAGCCUUCAAUCUAGCAGUAGCUGAUGACAAUGGAUUCUCUGACCCUUAUGCUGUCCUCUAUAUCGAUGGCAAAAAGACGGGCAAGACAAAUGUGGCAAAAAAGACACUAGAUCCUGUUUGGAACUUUCACGCUUACAUUCCAUUACAAACCGAUAAACCCAUCAGUCUAAUUGAAAUCUUUGUAUGGGAUAAAGACAAGCUUACGGAAAUGAAAUUAAAAAACAUUUUAAUGAUAAAAAAAGACGCAAUUCAAGACGAUUUCUUGGGGAAAAUCUCUGUUCCGUACAGUCAGUUAUUCAAUCUUAUCCACCCGUCUGGAACGUCCCUGGAUUAUGAUUCACCCGAGAACAAAGAGGUGGUGCUCACACUGGAAAAACGAUCUGUUGAUGAUAAUGUGUCAGGGGAGAUACAAAUCAAGUUUGGGUUGACCAAGACAUGA